GCUCACUAGAAUCUUGGUUCGGUGCGCUUGGGAGAAGGUGUUAGGAUGCUGUCAAGGUCGCCAGCAUUGAGGGCACGUCGAUCAUGUUCGCAUGAUCUUUUGCGCCCAGUCUACAAUUCGCCGCGGACAGCAUCGCAGCAGCUCCGCUGCGGAGCUGCAAAUUGCGUCGCUCAACGCCUGAAAAGCACUUUGUCUCGCAGGGCGCCAUCCCCUACCUCGCACGCGCUAUUAUUCAGAAGUACCUCCGGCAACAGUACCGAGCGAUGGCAGAUUGGGCGAAGACAUAUCUCGAGCGAGACGCCCUCAGAUAUUCAUCCUUACGCGGACCGAAAAGACACCAUCUACGCUCUGAUCGAUAAGAUCAAUGAAACCGAGCUGGAGCUUGCGGAGCUCAUGGAUGAUUUGGGACUGUUGGAGGAGUAUCAAGGAGCUUUGAAUCUUGAAGGUCCCGAACUCGACCAUGUAUUCAGCCAGACGAUCGGCCACCGAGACGAGCAAGCUUUGGAAUCACGAGUGCGAACUGUGAGGCAAGAAUUCGGCGAGUACCUUCCAGCAGGCUAUUUGAACGAAACAGAACUUCGAUUGUAUACACGGCUAUACGGCGAACCGAUCAUCAAGGCGGAAGAGCCACAACCGGAGUUGGACGCUGACUUGGCCGAGGAGGAUAGAGAUCCCAGUCGCUUGUUUCAAGCGGAUGGCCAGGGAGGCUGGGAAGAAGUCGAGUUUGAGGGGGUUGAGUCGCAAGACGAUGGGCCUCCGCUCGUCUAUGACAUGGAAGUCGGUCCUCCUGUGGAAGAAUCGGCAGCUAUGCGUCGCACGAGAGAAGUGGCAGAGCAGCUUGGUGGGGAGCUGAUGCUGGAACAAUUCGAAGAUGAAGCGGUUCCAGACGCGGCCCCUCGCUUGCAUCCCUUGACGCGCGAGGGAAAGUUCUCUACGGAACCAAGCACUGUUUUCCUGCCAAAAGAUACUGUUACUGGCCCGAUUUCCGUCAUCCUCUCCGAAUUCUCGAACAGGCAUAUCGCGGACGUCGCUCACCGAACUUUCGGCGGCAGGCUGCUACCUCACUCCACCACAACUCCUCCUCCGCGCGCACAGGUACCCCAGCUUCCGAUUCCCCUUGAGGCUUCUCAGCGCCACAUGAGCCAGAUGGAGGGGAAUGUGUACAUGGCAGCUUUAUACCCCGGCAUGUACGCGUCUGCCUUGAGCGUACUCGUCGAGGUUCGAAAGCGAUUGGGCACAGACUGGAUACGUCGGCUGAUGGCACAGGAGGGUGGUCCUAGUGUCCUGGAUGCUGGCGCUGGUGGUGCUGGAAUUCUGGCUUGGAGAGACGUCCUUCGGGCAGAAUGGGAGGCCAUGGCUCCAGAUCAUCCCGAAACAGAUCCUAUCCCAUUGGGUAGGUCGACGGUAGUCACAGCCUCAGAGGCGCUCCGCAAUCGCGCGAGUGUAAUGCUCGACAACACCACUUUCCUUCCGCGCUUGCCCGAUUAUGUUCAUAUUCGCGAGAAGCCAACUCUCGAUGACAAGCGGCCUCCGCCCCCGCGCAAACAAUACGAUGUCAUCAUAGCGCCACAUACUCUACUUGGCCUGGAGGAAGAGUAUAUGCGGAAAGAACAUGUCGAAAAUCUUUGGACUCUUCUGAAUCCUAACGGUGGAGUUCUGAUUCUUCUUGAAAAGGGUCAUCAGAAGGGAUUCGAAGCGAUAGCCGGCGCUCGUGAGAUGUUGCUGAAGCGCUACAUUUCAAGUCCCGGUUCUACACAAUACGAAGAACUUACCGAGUCUUCUAACGAGAACAAGCAUAUUGACAAAGAGGAAGGCAUGAUUAUUGCACCUUGCACAAAUCAUGCGAAAUGCCCCAUGUAUUCUGUUGCUGGCCAUGCCAAGGGACGCAGAGACUUCUGCCAUUUCGAGCAGAGAUUUAUUAGGCCCGCUUUCCUUCAACGAAUCCUAGGCGCCAAGGAUCGAAACCAUGAGGAUGUCAAAUUCAGUUACAUAGCCGUUCAACGUGGCGUGGAUCUACGCAAGGAGAUGAACAUCGUCCAAGGUCCUGAGGCCGCUGAAGCAGCCUUUGCUGGGUAUGAGCACCUCCACGAUAUGGAGUCGGAAGACGCCAAUGUCUCUGAUGACGCUGCGACCAGCGAGCCCUCGACUGCCCAAAACAGCCAAGACUUCCAUACGUUGUCUCUCCCUCGCGCCGUCUACACCCCAAUGAAACGCCGGGGACACGUCAUCUUUGAUUUUUGUACACCAGCAGGAAAGAUUGAACGCUGGACCGUUCCUCGUUCCUACAGUAAGCAAGCUUACAAGGAUGCGCGCAAAGCCCGCUGGGGAGAUCUGUGGGCUCUUGGUGCGAAGACCCGCGUCCCACGGAGUUUGAGACUGGGUGAGAAGCAUGGCGAGGGCAAGAAAGAGCGUUUGGCGAAGCGAGCUGCUUCGAAAGCCGCUCUACGUGAAUCGGAAGAUGGUGCUCUGGAAACUACCUCGUCCGACAACUGGGAUGUAUUCACAACCCCUGUGAGAAAGAAGGGUCAGACGAUUCCCAGUUGGAAGAAACAUCAGGACAAGAAGAAGAUCAGACAGGCCUUGAAGAAGCAAUCUACUGCGAAGCUGACAAACCAUGAUCUUGAUUGAGCCACAUAAAUCACCCGACAGUGUACAUUUGGGGGGAUAAAGGAAUAGGUUUGCGGCGUAUCAUGGUUCAUGGGUAUACUACAAUUUUGAGCAGUCGGGAUCGGAAUACUUGUGUUGCAUUCAUGUGUACAAUAGACAUCACUGCAUAGAGUGCAGUCACUAUAAAGCUCCUCACUCAAAAUUGCUAUUCUUAAUCACCUGCAAUCCU